UGGAUAUCCAUCUUGGCAAACAUGGCGUGGUCAACGGCGGUGAUGCUAACGACCGGCGUGUGGUGGUGGGUAGCGCUGGCUGGCACGCCUCCGCCCUUCCACGGGUUUCGCUUCGAAGUAGUACUCCGCUUUACUUUCUACCCUCAUUCGGGGCCAUGUAGAUGCCAGCUCCAUCGCUUCUCUCGAAGGUGGUUGACGAAGCUCGCGGCAAUGCGUGCUUUGGAUGGGUUCAACGCACUCUUGCGUCUUGUGGGUGAAGUGAGAUGCCGUGGACAGCAUGGGGCUGCCAUGCAGGCAUGGAUCGAGUCGGCCGACCCCAACACUCUUGUGCACGUGUACGAGUCGACCAAGAUUCGGUAUCACUUCACGUCAUUUCGAGUACUUGAGCCAACGCGCCGCACAUGCUUCCUGUCACCGCCGCACGCGUGUUCGUCCCUGGACACCGCGGCUCGACAUCGCACAACCAAAGAUGAGCUGUAAUAGUAUGGAUUGGCGACAGAAGUCUGUCGCGUUUGCAACUCAUCCUUGCAACUAGC